UCUCCGCUCGUGUUCUUCAAAAGAAGAGAAGGCAAGAUGAAGAGCUUUUUGUUGCUGUGCGUGGCCCUGGCCGUCUCCUUGGGGUUCGUCCUUGUGGCAGGUUAUCCACGGGACCCCGAGGAUGAGGAGUACGUGCUGGUCAAUAACAAGUGUCAGUGUGUAACAGUGACCUCAAAGUUUGUCCCCUCAAAAGAAAAUCCCGAUGAAGAAAUCCUGGAGAGAAACAUACGCAUCCUAGUCCCCUUGAAGGCUCGAGAGAACAUCUCUGACCCCAUGUCCCCACUCCGAACCACUUUUGUCUACCGCAUGACUGAACUCUGCAAAAAAUGCGAUCCCGUCGAAGUUGAGCUGGGUGGUGAGAUAUACCAGGCCCAGCAGAGCACCUCCUGCGAUGAACCUGAAACCUGCUAUACCUACGACAGGGACAAGUGCUACACCACAACCUUCCCAUUCCUCUACCACGGGGAGACGAAAAAUGUUCAAGCAGUUCUGACGCCAGCAUCCUGCUACUCUGAUUAG